CUCCUUACACUUCACUCAACUUCCAAUACAAACUGGAGAAAUGGCCUUCAUUAAACUAUGCUACUUACUUUUGCUGCUUUUCUCCUUCUUCCUCUCACCACAUGUACUCCAAGGAUUCCGACGAACUCCAUUUAUACUUCUUCUCCAACAAGGAGUCUAUCAGUAUCCGCCAUUGCAUUUGCAGGCAACGCAUGGCAGUAAAGAAGCGAAGACGAAUAGGAGUUGGAGGAGAUUGAUGAUUGGAUCCACGGCUCCUACCUGCACUUAUAAUGAAUGUAGAGGAUGCAAAUACAAAUGCAGAGCAGAACAAGUUCCGGUUGAAGGAAACGACCCAAUCCAUAGUGCAUAUCACUACAAAUGCGUUUGCCACAGGCCGUGAUUAUUCUGUGUAACUUUUGAGCUAAAAG